UCAUGUGGCCGCGGCUCCGGGAAGCGCCGAGGGAGCGGGGCCGGGAAGGAAGGAAGGAGGAUGGCGAGCUGGGGCAGGGCGCUGCUGGUGCUCGCCGCGCUGCUCGUCCUGGCGCAGCUCUCCUGGGCGCCGGACCCGUAUGGAGAAGAGUGCAGGAGUAAAAUGUACCCUCCUUCUGGACCAACGUUCAAAGGGAAUAUACCCACAUAUGUCAUAAAUCUUGAUUUACCUCCCAGCAAAAGAUGGGAUAACUUGAUGCAGGACAAAAAGACAGAGCUGAAGACUGUGGUCCAGAAUAUUAAAGAUAUAGCAAAUACCUUCUUCCCCAGCGGCAAAGUUGUUGACAUAGUGGAUAACAAAAUAGCUCAUCUGACCGCCACACUUCCUUAUCCUUUCAAUGAAGAACUCCAAGGGAUUGCAAAUUCCUCUGGGAUUCCUUUGGGGGAAAUUGUUAUUUUUAACAUCUUUUAUGAAAUUUUUACUGUAUGUACAUCAAUAGUGGCGGAAGAUAAAACAGGGAAACUGUACCAUGCCAGAAACUUGGAUUUUGGACUCUUUCUAGGGUGGGAUGUUAAAAAUAACUCCUGGACUUUAACUCGGGAACUGAAGCCUUUAGUGGUACUCUUGGACUUCCAGAGGAACAACAAAACAGUAUUCAGGUCUACAAAUUUUGCAGGAUACAUAGGCAUGGUGUCUGGAGUCAAACCAAACUUGUUCACACUGACAAUGAAUGAGCGUUUCAGUCUUGAUGGUGGUUAUGUGGGAAUCUUUGAAUGGUUUCUUGGUAGAAGAGACGGUAUGUGGAUGGGCUUUCUUACAAGAACAGUAUUAGAGAAUGCUACAAGUUACCAGGAUGCAAAAGACAAACUGGCCAAAACAAGACUGCUGGCUCCAGCUUACUUUAUACUGGGUGGAAAAAAUUCUGGAGAAGGAUGUGUGAUAACUCGUUCCAGGACAGCUGCUCUGGAUAUCUGGGACCUUGAUAUCAAGAAAGGCACAUGGUAUGUGUUAGAAACAAACUACGAUCGCUGGAAGCCUCCACUAGUAUUGGAUAAUCGUAGAGGACCUGCAAUGAAAUGCCUGAACCACACAACACAAGAGAACCUCUCCUUACCAGCAAUUUAUGAUGUUCUCUCCACAAAGCCUGUCCUCAAUAAGCUGACUGUGUGCACAACGCUGAUGGAGGUGUAUAAUGGUCAUACAGAGACUUACCUGCGGGAAUGCCCAGAUCCCUGUAGUCCCUGGUAGUCCUGUACCUUUCCUAUGUUGGAAGCUGCUUGUCUGAAUAUUUCUGGAAAGAGAUUCGUCAGUCUAACUCCAUUCUUCAGAAAUCUAAUGGCUAUAUAGAAAUGUCAAUGAGCUUCUAACAAUGAAGGACCCUUUCUCACAGCGGACUUCCUUGCUUUCUAACAGCAGUACUGCUGACAAGAAAUGUAUUCUGAGUGUCUGGUGUGAUUUCAGCCGUUUCUGCCAAAUGAGUUCAGCAGUUAGCUCUAGAUCUCUUCAGUCUUGACAGUAUUCUUGUUUUGUUGUUGGUUGUGGGUUUUUUAAUUUUUGUUGUUUGGUUUGGUUUAUUUAGAUUAAAAUACUUCUAAAGCACACAAGUUAAAAUGGCACCUACCAAGUAUGAAAAAGAAUUGGGUACAAGAAGACCAUCUGGGUCAAUACAGUUCUGUUAUUCUUUUGUAAGCACUUAAGAUGAAUAUGUCUGAUAUGCCCUGUUAUAAAAUAACCUAGCAAGUAUCAUGUUUAGUCACAGAAACAAGGUCUUGGGGAAAUAUCUAAAAUUAGAUCUGAGCCAAAAAUGUCUUGCCACUGAUUUAAAGCUCUUUUGCUGAAGCUCUUUUUUGACCUGUUAACAAAUUAUUUUUUUUUAAUACAGAAUUUUCUGUUCUCAAAAAAAAUAAAUACUAAUACAAUAAAGAAGAACUACUUUCUUUGACCAAAAAUACACAUGCACUGAUUUCAUACUUCGGUGUAAGUCACUGUACACGUUACAUAUCACGUGGCAUAAAGGGCUUUUACUUCUUAAUAGACUGAUUUUAACAGUGUCUGAAAAACUGAUUUGUUCCUUAAACUGAUAGUUAAAGUUAUUACCAUAAUAGGGUAAUUGGGUUGCUUUGGAAGGAUUUCGUUUGUUUGAUUGUUUUUUUGGAAAGUGGGGAAGGGAAGCCAGGUCAGGCUGCACCAUUGGCCAGAAUACAAAUUAAGAAAGUAAAGGUCAUUUGGAAAUAGAAGUAGUAGCACCCUAAUACCCUAGGAAGCAGAUAAGGAAGCAGUAUUUUCAUCUGUGUCACUGGCUACAUUGCUGGCACUAGUUUCCAGUGCCAGCUCUUAUGUUUUGUAACACGCAAAGAGAAGACACUGGAGAGUAGGCUUAGGGGCUGGUAUAUAUGGUAGUUCCCUUGUAAUCUUUCCUAAACCACCCUAGGAAAGAGCUGAUAUUCAUAGUCCCACUGAUCCAGGAAUUUUAAGUUGCUGUUGGUGUAAGGAAAGUGUUAGCUCUCUCUUUGGUGUCUGCAGACAGUAUUGCAUAAGGCACUCCGAUUAAAACCUGCAAGUUCAUGACAUCCAGUCACAAUGGGAUAUGCAGAACAGUAUUAGUGUAGUGCAGAAGCUGAGAACACAGGAUACUACAGCUUCCUGUUCCAAACACUAAAGCAAAUUACAACUUUUUUUUCCCCCAUAAUUACAAAUUUAAGAAAUCUAGAGAAGGGAAAACAAGUGAUUGUCCAUAAUAAUCUCCCCAGGGAAAUGGUGGAUUCCCCAGGUACUUUCAAGAGUCUGCUGGACAGGGUGCUGGGGCAUCUUGUCUAGACUGUUGCUUUCGACAAAAAGGUUGGACCAGAUUAUCAUUGAGGUCCCUUCUGGCCUGGUAUUUUAUGGUUAAAAGACAACCUUUCAUCAUCCCUUGUUUCAGUAGCCAGGUUACAUCUUACUGCAAACUCUGUUCUCAUUAGAGGUUCUCCUUCCAUCAGCAUUGGAAGAAGCAGGGACAACAGGAAUACUAUUUGGCAAGUAGCUGCUGAUAAAGAAACAUGGCUUCUGGUUGAAGAAAAUGAAGCACUGAUAUUCUAGGCCUUAGAACAAUGCUUGUAGUAGCACAGCAAGAAGCAAUUCAGAGGGAUGUAAAACAAUAACACAUUGAAAACACACAGAAAUCAACAUCCCCCUAUGUAAACUGAUGUUAAAAAGGGCCAGUCUAGUUGUACAUCUAAUUUUUUUUAACUGAAGUAUGCAAGCAGAAGUAUGUUAGCAUGAUUGUACUACCAGAGUCCAUUUUUAAUCUCAAUUUUGAAUAUUGAACCUAUGUAAAACAAAAUCAACAUAACAGCAUGAUUUAAUUAGGGAAAAAUGCAUGUGUGAAACACAGCUCCUGGGACACCUGAUUCAUAUAAAACAGUUAAACCAAGUCAGAUGUUAUAGUCUGUACUGUGGAGAACACAUCAUGUGCUUCUGAGUGCGGACCUUAACCUGGUAGGGGGUUGUUCAGAUUUAUUUGGAAUGAAGUUGUGUAACAGCCAUAAUCAAAUUACUUCGUAAUUUAAAAAUAAGUUUACGUGCUUAAUUAGUCCUGUCCCACUUUAGCAUAUGUAGAGCAAGGCACUGUAGACUAUUUACAGUCAUUAACUAAUAAUCUUUUGGUAUGUCCCUUGUGCAAGACAAAUCUACAUUUCCACACUGGAAAUGGCUUUAUAAUUGCAAGAGCACAGCUGAAUCCCAUGAAUGUCUGUCCAGAGCUUGAAUGCCUAUGCCUGCUAUUGACUAAAAUAAACAAAGCUGUUUAAAAACAAAA